AUGUUCGCCAGGUGCCCGCUGAUGCGACGGGUGCCAAUGCUUGGUGAGGCUGUCGAGGGCUACGGGUUCAAGGUCAUCGUCGCGCUCGGUGCUACCAACCUGCUCUGCAGGGGCGUCGCGGAUCGCAUCCUGACGGGUCAGACGUACGCCAUGAUGAUUGAUCGCUACGGCAUCGACGUGGCCCGCUACCAGCGCCUGUCCUCGAUUUCGACCAUGGGCUGGUCCAUCAAGGCCUUCACCGCCAUGCUCUGCGACGGCUUCGCCUUCCUCGGCUACACGAAGCGCUGGUACAUGUUCAUCUCCUGCGUCGGCGGCGCUGCUUUCGCGCUGAUCUACGGCCUUCUUCCGGCGAAGGAGGCGUCGGCUAACGUGGCAGCGGCCUUCAUCUUCCUGUCGACCUGGGGCAAGGCCAACGUGGAUAUCCUGUCGGAGGGCCACUACAGUCGCCUGAUGCGCCAGAACCCAAAGCCUGGCCCGGCGCUGGUGAGCUGGAUCUGGUUCUGGAUCAUGGUUGGAGCCAUCAUCGCGACUGUGAUGAACGGCCCGCUCGCGGAUGCCGGGAAGCCGCAGAUCAGCAUCUUCGUGUCCGCCGCGCUGCAGGCCAUCACCUGUGUCUUCUACCUGUUCAACUGGUACGGGGAGAAGAAGAAUCGCGUGCUGCGCUCCGAGGACGCGCUGUUCAUUCUGGAGGAGACGCGCAAGGAGCGUGAGCGCUUCAGGCGUCCGGCGCACGAUGAACCGGUCAUCGGGCUGCCGCAGGAUGGUGGUGCGACAAAGGGGAAGAAGAGCCCGCAGCGCUCGCACUCGGAUGAGGACGUAGAGGCGGUGGCAGUCGAUGAAGUCCACAGAGACGAUGUGCACGUCCCACACGAGCUGGUGCAGCUGCCUUACGAAGACGGCGGUGAUGCGGAUGCGGUUGCCGACGCGGAAGCGGGGAUCUACUACGGCAAGCCGCCGGUGCCGUGUCUGUUCGGGCUGUUCGAAAUGAACACGGAGGUGAUCUUAGAGAAUUGGAAGAUCUUCGUGUACAGCGUUGUCAUGACCUGUGCUGUGAUCGCGAUGCUGUGCGCCAACAUCCUGGCCGACACGCUGGGCCUCCUGGUUGCGUGCUUCGUUGUGUCGACCAUCUGCUGCUGCUCCUCGUUCUGGGCCCUGCCGCUGGUGAUUGCGAAGGCCAACGUCUUCGGCUACCUCCAGCAGGCGGUGUACAUCAACAUCGCUAGCCCCCUCAUGACCUUCUACCUGAACUCAUACAACUGUGAGGAGAACUUCCCGAACUUUAGCUACAGUUUUUACAACACCGUCGCUGGUGUCAUCGGCAACUUUGCAGGGCUGGCCGGCGUCUCCGCGUUCAACUACAUCUUUUCGAAGCGCAGCUACCGCCUCACGUUCUGCGUGACCACGUUUGCGCAGGUUCUGGGCGGAAUGACGGAUAUCGUCAUUGUGAAGCGCUGGAACCUGUACAUUGGCAUCCCGGACCACGCCAUGUACAUCUGGGGUGCGGCUGUAGUGAGCGAGGUGUGCUACAUGCUUGGCUACAUGCCGAUGGUUGUGCUGCUGUCUCGCCUGUGCCCUCGUGGCUCGGAGAGCGUGGUGUAUGCGCUGAUGGCCGGCUUCUCGAGCCUGGGACGCUCGACUUCCGCGUCCCUCGGUGCGAUCAUCAUGGAGUACGGCCUGCCUGUGUUCAAGAUGCGGGAGGAUGGCUACCGUUGCGGUGUGGAGAAUCUUGCAUGGCUGCUGUUUGUGUGCAAUGUGUGCUCGCCUCCGCUCGUGCUGCCGCUGACGCUGCUGCUUCCGAAGGCGCGCAUCUGCGACGCUAUCGACGUGGACGGCAAGGCGUUGCGCAAGAAAGUAGACGCGGAAAUGGUGGCGGGCGAAGCAGGUGCGUUGCCGUCGUCGCCCACGUCGGCUGAGAAUACCAAUGCGACGAAGGCGCAGGAUGACGAGGCGAAGCGAGAGGCAGUCUAG